UAUUUUUUUAAUUGUGGCUAAAAUGUAAAAUGCAGGCCACAAAAGUGGCUAAAAUGUAAAUGCUUCUAGUAGCGUGGGGUUUAAGGCCUCUUCAAUUCCAAGUGCAGGGUUUUUCACUUUGUUGAGCAAAACUAAGAAGAGAGAUGGCUGUACCAAGGGGUAGGAAUGGAGAAGAGGAAGCAGAAGAAGCUUUCUUCGAACACGAAAUUGAGUUUGAGGACCCCAAUUCCGUCCCUCCUCACCUCCUCAACCUCUUUGACGCCGCCGAGAAUGGAAACCUCGACGCCCUACGCCAUGCCCUAGAUAAUUUGACUGGCAGCAUUGAUCAACCUCUUGAAGAUGGGGACACUGCUCUUCAUCUAACAUGUUUGUAUGGCCAUCUGUCUUGCGUGCAGCUAUUGUUAGAGAGGGGAGCUUCUUUGGAGGCUAAGGAUGAAGAUGGAGCACUUCCAUUGCACGAUGCUUGUGCUGGAGGAUACAUGGAGAUCGCCCAACUGCUGAUCAACAGUGCCCCUAAUCCUGAUUGUGUGAAGAGGAUGUUGGAGUCUGUUGAUGUAGAAGGUGAUACGCCUCUUCAUCAUGCUUCCAGAGGUGAACAUGUAAAUGUUAUUAGAUUAUUGCUAGCUUCAGGCGCUUAUCCUUCUAGGACCAAUAUAUAUGGAAAGACCCCUAGUGACCUUGCUGCACCUGACACCGAACCCCAAAGAAUCUUAGAAGAAGCUGCAAGUGCUUUUCCUAGCCACUAAGAAGGCCUUCAUGCCGAGAAUUGUACUUGGAAGCUUGGCUAUCACUUAUCAGUACUAUAGUGUCGCCUUAUUUUAUAGUGAAUAGUUUUGAUCAAAAUAUCCCCUUUGAAGCUAGAAGAUCAUGUACAACUAUGGGGACAACUAUGUCAGUGAAUUGCAGUUUUGACAAAAAUUUCUUCUGUCAAAUGGUUAUCAAUUAUUUGUCCAGCAAAAAAAAAAACUUCCCUAGUUCGCAUCAAAAGAAGGUAACAACAACCAUGUAAUUUCAUAAGUUUCAAGUACGUAGGUCUCUACUUCUACCUCUGUGGGAUAGAGAGACUGUUUUUGAUUAACAUCAAAAGAAGGUAGUGAAGAUAUUAAUCUACCAAACAAAUUCGUUGUUUAGAGUUUAUCCUUUUGGAACAAUUAAGCAGUAGCGAGGUUCCAAAAAGACAAAGCAUCUUCUUAUUGAAUGAAUUA